AUGGCUGCCCACCAGCAUUCGCGCUCUUCCGGCUCUUCCGUCUCCUCCAAUGGCUCCUCGUAUCAGCUCAUACUCGACCACAUCCUCACCUAUCCUGGCGACUAUGAAAUCCCGCUACGCACCAUGUACAGUCUCAAUUGCCAACCCCGCGGCCAGAACCGGUACACGCCGCCCUCGAGCAACAACAGUUCGCCAAGCAUUGCUCAAGGCUCCUUUUCCUCCGACGACAAGUCGACGGAGACCUUGACCCAAAACCUCAUGGCCCAACUCUCCAAACUGCCGAAUCAAGUUGCUGCCUUGCCCCCGAGCUUCAUCACAUCCUUUGUUCAGCGCUGCUUCCCUUCAGAGCUGACUCAUGUCGACUUCCCUCAGGCAUUGACUGGCCUCGACUAUCUCAAGGACCUCGAGACGAAGAGACGCCGAGAAGUUGCGUCUGCCUUCGAUCGCCUCGACAUCGACCGCGAUGCUCUUGCCCAAGAUGCCAAAUUGGCAGAACGCUAUCCUGGUGUCCUGCAGUGGGUCGAAUCGAUGGAGAUGAAGGAGCGCAAGGUUGAUACCCUGUACACCCAAGUCUAUAUUGGCCUUCGACGAUGGAUCCUCAUCAACGAGCUCUCACUACAACCCUUCAACAAGCACAACUGUGUUGCCAUGCUCAACACUCUAUACCCUCCCAUGGGCAUGAAGACGCAACCAACAACCAAGCUCACCGAACCUGUCCUGAAGAGCCAACGUGACGGCUUCUUCAAGUACAUCCAAGCCGUAGAGAAGAGCGGUACACGGAUCCUCAACAACCUCAUGCAACAAGGCAAGAGAGAUCAGGACGAGAAUGGCUGGGCAGCAGUGACACGCACACUUAGCAUGUACCUGCAGCUGGCCAACUCCGUCAUCAAUGAAUGCGGUGCGGUAUGUCACCCUCAAGACGUCUCACCGCAGAGGAAACGCGAUUCCAACCAGUCACGACAUCAGCGAAAAGCGGAUUCUGGAAUCAGCUUCACAAGCAAUGCUGAGCAGCGACCGUCAACUCGCAGCUCAGCAAGCAAUGAGCCUAGCUCGCCAAUUGACUUCACUCGACCCAAGACUCCACUGGGUGGUCGCCCCAGCACAGCCUUGGAGAAGAUUGCUCGAGGCCUGAAAGGAAUUGGUCGCAGCAGGACUGACGUAACGGAGAUUAUCGGGAACGACACUCCCCCUGUUCCCCAAGUCGACAAGCCUAAGAUGUUGCGCAAGAUGCGCAGCCUGGGCUCCCUCACCGACCGAAAAGGCAGCUUCUCCAGCGUGCCUGGUCGGCAACCAUCGGAUACACCGGCCUUUGACGUCGAAGAGAUGCGACGAAAACGCCAGGAAUACGAAGCCGGUGUUGCGGCGCGGCCAAAGACUGGCAAGCGAGCCAGCAACGAGGUAUAG